UUGCAAUUCUCGAGUAGGAAAGCAUGGCGGCCAGAACCGUUCAGAGCGCUGCCUCUCGCCAUCUGCACCUGCAAUCAAUAGAGGCUGUGGACAGGCCGAGAAGAGAGGGCCCCCAAGGCUGUCCUAGGCAGGCAACGGGGCAAAUGGGCCAUUACUUGGAGCGCUCUUCUCUCAAGUCUUGGAGCCCAGUUCGCCAUCCUCAGAAGACUGCUCUCCGUCACUGUCACACACCAUGUAAUCUCAAGCUGGAAUUGACGGGGACGAACAGCUCUCGUAAACGAAGACCUUGCACGAUCCAGUGCAAAGCGUCCAAUCAAGAAGGAAAUAGCAGUGAGGUUGAAAAGGCGCCCGCCGCCAGUAGUGUGUUGAGCUUCCUAUGCCCUCUGCUGAAGCUGGUGUCUGGAGGGGAUGCAGCAGCUCCCCGAAACAGGUUUCUGGAGGUGGCGUCAACCGGCUUCUCCAGCUUGGCGCGGCAGCCCUGGGGCUCGCAAGUGCGCACCGAUGCGGUGGCGGCCAGAAAAGCUCAACCAGCAAAGCGACUCCAGGUUUAUGAGUUUGAGGCAUGCCCCUUUUGCCGGCGUGUGCGGGAGUCUCUGACGGAGUUGGACCUGGAGGCAGAGAUCUACCCCUGUCCAAAGGACUCCGUGCGCCACAGAGCUGCGGUUGGGGCGAAAGGCGGGAAGGAGAUGUUUCCGUAUCUCGUCGAUCCGAACACCGGGGAAGCAAUGUACGAGAGCAGCGACAUCGUCAAGUACCUCUUCAGGACCUACGGAGGGGGGGCAGACCCGACGCGAGGCCUCUUAGAAAGUACGCUAGUCACGGGCUGGGUUCCCACCCUCCUGAGGGCGGGGCGGGGUAUGACCCGGUACCCCAAGGCCCCCGUAGAGGCGCCCGGGAAGAUGCUCGAGCUCUACUCGUAUGAAAACAACCAGUUUGCGCGCCUGGUCCGGGAGGCGCUCUGCGAGCUUGAGCUGCCGUACAUUCUGCACAACACGGGCAAGGGCUCCGCGGGGCGGGCCGUGCUGCUGCAGCUCAAGGGGAACACACAGGUACCCUACCUGGUCGAUCCAAACACGGCAACUUCCGUGGGCGACUCUGAGGAGAUUGUAAAGUACUUGUUCAAAACAUAUGGGCAGGCUUCGACGCCUGCACCAGUCCAGGCGUAGGCUUUCGUAAGAAUUAAAUAUAUAUUCUUUUUGUGUUGCAAAAGUGUACUGCUUGCUUGUCCUACUGUUUGCGACCCAACCCAUAGCAACAAGAUCAGAUGUAUUAUGCAGACGUGUUGCAUGUUGGGCGCAAAGUCCUUGUUGAGUUAACAAGCAAGCUCGGUGUGCGAGUUGGAACGGCCGAACGUGAUGAUUAAAUUCGACUAAUUUUUAG